AAAAAAAUUUGUCCUUUGAAAACCGGUGUUGCACCAACAGUUCUAACGCUUCCUGCACCGAAAGUGAAAAUAACACCUUUACUCAUUGAUGUUCCAUUUGUCGGUCGCCCUACAUUCACUCUAGGAAAACGUCUAAUAAACAUCGUCAAAGAAAUUCGUCCUGACGUUGUUCUUCAACCCAUACCUCGUCCGCUUCGAACUAUUCAGACGUAUUUCCCACGCAAGGACGCUUUAAACAAAAAUUUACAAUCAAACAUUGUGUACAAAAUUUCUUGUAAUGAUUGUUCAAAUGAAUAUAUUGGAAAAUCGUGGCGGCAAGCAACACGACGUCAUCGAGAACAUGGUGCACCGGUCUUUCCAGUUCGAUCACAACAACAACCAGCUCCUAUUCGACUGCCCGCUCAACAACAGAGGUUUGACACAACUGUUUAUCUUCGACGGUCUACUCGUAAUUUAAACAAAAAAAUUAUUUACAAUCCAGUAGAAGAACCAAUCGAAGAUGAGCUAGCAACAAUUAUAACAGCACAGAAGAAUUCAGCAAUUCAGGAGCAUGAACGACAGACCGGGCACACCGUUAAUUGGAAUGAUUGGAAGAUAAUUGGAAAAGACCUUAAUCGCUACCGAUUAUCCAUUCGCGAAACUCUGGCUAUCAUGAAAGAACAACCUGAACUAAAUAAAACGGUCCAGUCAGUCCCACUCGUCGUCUUCCCAACCGGUGUUAGAGUAAAAAUGAAAAGGCACAGUAAAUUGGAGGCAUGCCCCC